CUCUGUCCUUUUUUAAUAUAAAUAUUAAAUAAAAAUGUUAUAUCAUUUUGUAUAUGCGUGCAUGCAUGUAUGUGUGUGGUGGUGUGUGGGCGCGCGCGCCCCUGAUAUAUUCUUUAUCAAAUCAAUUUGUAAUAAAAAUUCUUAUAAUCUUUUUAAUGAACAUAUUUAUUUAUUUAUAAGAUAUAUACAAUUUCGUUCAAAUUUUCUAUCAGCAAACCUAAUUAUUGAUUAAAUAUCAGAAGAUAAGAAUUACAGAAAAUAUCGAAUUCUUUUUGCCAAGUAGGCCGAGGGUCAUUAUAAAAAUACAAAAUAGAUUUUGGACACAGCAAAUCAUGCAGGUUAUGCAGUUUCAAGUUUAAGUUUUCAUUACUGAUGAUAGCAGACUACAUUGAAUCGAUGCCAGUCGAUGCGUCUGCUAUAAGGGAGGAUUAAAGAUUUUCCAUUCGUAUGAUGAGGUGACGGAAACUUGCACGAUGUCCCUGCUAAUUCGAAAAUGUAUGCUCGAUAAUUACUGGCAAUACAGCAAGCUUGUAAAAUCAUCGAACGUUUGCGAACUACGUGUACUGCCGCUGACUAACCCGAGAGUCGCUUCAAGAAGUUUGUGCAGUGCACAUGGGAGCCCAAACAUUUUAAAUGAUAGAAUCAGAAAAUGUUUAGAUUAUCUCGCGAAGGAAUACAAGAGUGAGUCUUGGCAGAAACACAAUUUUGAUUUUAUCGAUUUUAACGCCUCCCGUUUAUUGAAUGAGAGAGUGCAACUUACAGAAGAUAUCAGGAGUUUACGAGAACUAGCAAAGCAGGAUGUCGAGAUGAAGAAGCUAGUCGAGGAAGAGAACACAUUGUACAAGGAACAACUGAACAAACUUGAUGAAAGAUUGUUGAAUACAGUACUGACCAAUAUGUGCAAGGAGUCGUACAACGACAUUAUUAUUGAAGUAGUGGCAGGAGUCGGUGGUCAAGAAGCAAUGUUGUUUGUUAAGGAUUUACUCGAUAUGUACAUAGGCUACGCCAAGUACUUAGGUUUAACUCUUGACGUGAUAGAUGCAGAAACAAGCGAGACUAACGGCAUUAGACACGGCAGCCUUAUGAUAUCCGGCGAUCAAGUCUCCAAGUUCAGGUACGAAGGAGGUGUUCAUCGAGUACAGAGAAUACCAGCGACAGAGAAGUCAGGCCGGGUUCACACGAGUACUGCCUCGGUAGCGGUCUUGCCGGCGCCGUCGGAGGUGGAUAUCGUGAUCAACGAAAAGGAUCUGAUAAUAGAGACGAAGAGGGCGUCGGGUGCUGGUGGUCAGCACGUGAACACCACAGAUUCUGCAGUAAGGAUAGUUCACGUGCCGAGUGGACUGUGCGUAACGUGUCAGCAAGAAAGGUCGCAAUUUAAGAACAAGGACGUGGCGAUGGUAAAGCUGAGGAGCUUGCUGUACGAGCAACAGACGAGCAAGCAGAUUUCGUUCACGAGCGAGCUGCGGCAGAAGCAGAUGGGAACGCGGCUGAGGAAUGAGAAAGUCAGGACGUACAAUUAUAACCAGGAUCGCGUGACCGACCACAGAUUGCAGAACGGAACUUUCCAUAACUUGGUGGAAUUUAUGCAAGGCGGAGCGGCACUGGAGGAACUGGAGAAAAGAUUGUACGACGACGUACGGAUGAAGACUUUGCUGGAAGUAGUAAAAAAACUGGAGACCCAACUAAAAUGACCACACCUCUUUUUCCAUAGUUAUCAAUUAGAAAAUAUCUUCAUUUAAUGUAAAAAAAAACUAUUACAGCAAUUUCUUUCUACUGGCGAUCUGGAGGAUGAUUCAAUGAUUAAUAAGAUAUGUAAAUACAUGCAAGAUAAUUUUCCAUAGUUUUUUUUAAAUUUUCUUUUUAUCUUAAUAUAAGAUAAUAAUUUUUAUUUUUGCGUACCAAUAAAAGGGCACGCAAAGAGUUAUACAGCUUGCACAAUAUAAAAGUAUAAACACAAUUAAUAUAAAAUUCGUAUUAUCAUAGCUUUUAAAUAUCAGUUAGUAUUUUAUCCUCACUUUCGUAGUAAUUAUAAAUGAUUCGCUUCAUGGCGAAUAUAAUUACUAUUCUACAUUUCCACAUACUUCGCUUUCCAUGUACCUGUCUUCGGCUAUUAUUAGGUUUAUGCAAGUAUCAUUGAUAAAUGAUAUUGUUAGUUGGUAAUACUCCUGUUACAUAACUACAACUUUAUAAAAAAGUCUAUCAACGCGUCCCUUCAUUCUAAAUUAUCACGAGUUUAGUUAUGCUUAGCCGAGAUGAAAGCUUUUGUACUUUGGCAGAGCUGUAGAAAGAAUUGUUCAUCAAGCAUUCGCUCCGCUAUCCUUCUUCACCUCUUCAGUCAUAGGAGUUGCUUUCUCAUCUUUUUCAUUUUCUAAGGAAACGAAGAAUUGUGCAGGUUAGAAUACCUCCAAAUAUUAAUUUUUUUAUCAAAUAAAAAGAAAGUAUUAUAUGCAACGU